AUGUCGGACAACGAUGAUGCCAUACCAGGACAACGUUGGAUUAUGUGUAAUGUCUGUUGCCGUUCAGCGUCGAUCUCGUCUCCAAACAUUGCAUUCUUUUUGACAAAAUGUGGCCACAUAUUCUGCAACAAAUGUUUAAUUGGUAUUGCAUCUUCCCAAGAUGUGGCUCAUGUAUGUCUCUACUGCAAGAAGAAGAUUACAAUUUGCAAGAUCAGCCGUGAUAUGCCUGAAACGGUUCGAAGUUACUUCCGAUGUCCUAGAGAAUUAUUGACUGAUUCAAUGGUUGAAGUUAUGCAAGUAAUCAAAUUUCAAACAAUGCAUGCUGCAUGUUUGAUGAAACGCUUUAAUAUAAUGAGAACUAAUUAUGAAAAACUUCGUCGAUUUUGUUGCGAAGUUCUACACAAGAAAACAAUUUUGGAAAGAGAGUUGAUGAAUAAAGUUGGACUUCCACAGCAUAAUAAUAUAUCAGUUAAUGACAUGAACACUCCUCUAUUGCAAUUAAAUACGUCGGCCGAGAAGUUGCAUUCAAUGCAUAAUAUGGAAGCGUCGAAAACAUCAAUCAUCUCCGAAAGCAUAUCGAAAUCGGGUACAGAGUCAUCAAUUAUUGAAAAUUCGACCUGCUCACUUAAUGUCACUGGUUGUUGA